UUUUUUUCCCACAAAAAAAAAAUGCAGUUUCUCAUUUUUUCUCUGAUCGCCACCACCGUCUUGAUUUUCCCCUCCACCACCACCCAAUCAGAAACCCCGCCGCCGCUCUGCUCGGCGGCGGACAGAGCAGCCCUGCUCAAUUUCAAGGCCGGAAUUUCAAAGGACACCACCGGAAUCCUCUCCACCUGGACAGGCGCCAACUGCUGCUCCGGCGGCUGGGAGGGUGUCGAGUGCGGCGCCGCCGCCGCCGGACGAGUCACCACCCUCAUCCUGCAGAACCCAUCUUCCGGCGGCGGCGCCGCCGCCGGUUUCAUGAAGGGCACCCUCUCCCCUUCUCUGGGCAACCUCCGCUUCUUGGAGACGAUGAUCAUCACCGGAAUGAAAAGACUCGCCGGAAAAAUCCCGGAAACCCUCUCAAACCUCACGCGCCUCACGCACCUAGUUCUUGACGACAAUUCAUUACAGGGAAACAUCCCUUCAAGCUUAGGCCACCUGGUGAACAUUCAGACAGUUUCUUUAAGUGGGAAUCAUCUGACAGGACAAAUACCUGAAUCUUUGGGGAAUUUAAGGUACCUGAAUCAAUUGAUUCUGUCCAAGAAUUUCUUGUCGGGUCCAAUCCCACAAACCCUAAUCGCCCUCAAAUCCCUUCAGUUUCUUGAUCUUAGCUACAACUCAUUCUCCGGUCCAAUCCCCGAUUUUUUCGGGCAUUUUCCGAACUUGACGUCUCUUGUUCUCACCAAGAACCGGUUUUCGGGGCAGAUACCGGUUUCUUUAUUCGGCCUCGUCCGAGUUUCCGAGCUCUCGAUCGAUCAGAAUCAGCUCACCGGAAAAAUUCCGGUCCAAAUUGGGAACUUGAAGUCUGUUUCUGUGUUGAGAUUGAGUUCGAACAAGCUCUCGGGUCAAAUUCCGGAGUCCAUUGCGCAUUUGCCGAGCUUGUGGAAUCUCAAUCUUUCGAGGAAUUCGCUUACGAAUCCUUUCCCCGAGGCGGCUUUCGGAAUUGGGCUCCGUUCGCUUUUGUCGAUCGAUCUUUCUUACAAUAGUCUCGAUUUGGGAGCAGUUCCUAGCUGGAUCAAGAAUCGAGAACUCUCCGACGUGCAUUUAGCAGGGUGUAAGCUUCGUGGGGCCCUCCCGAAUUUCACAAAGCCCGAAUCUUUGACCACAUUAGACCUUUCCGGAAACUUCUUCACAAGCGGGGUUUCAAGUUUCUUGGAACAUAUGUCGAAUUUACAGAGCGCCAAAAUUUCGAACAAUCUACUCAACGAUGAUGUGUCAUCAAUCAGACUGCCCGAUCAGAUUUCAACACUCGACCUCCACUCAAAUCGUCUAUCCGGCUCUCUCACGAGUGUGUUGAGCGGUAGGAAGAUCAAGUUCAUGGAGGCCGUCGAUAUCUCGAACAACUUAAUAUCGGGCGAAAUUCCCGGUUUCGGAAUCGGAUUGAAUCUACGAGUGCUCAAUUUCGGGAACAACAAGAUCACGGGACAAAUACCGAGCUCGAUCUCGAACUUGGCGAAAUUGGAGAGAUUCGACGUUUCGAGAAACGGGCUAACGGGUACUAUACCAACCGGUUUGGGAUUGUUAUCGAAGCUGCAAUGGCUCGAUUUGUCGAUUAACAAGCUCGGCGGGAAAAUACCGGCGAGCUUGCUUGGGAUUGAAGCAUUAAGACAUGCAAGCUUUAGAGCAAAUAGAUUGUGUGGAGAGAUUCCACAAGGGAGGCCAUUUAAUGUGUUCCCAAAGGUAGCUUAUGCACACAAUUUGUGCUUAUGUGGCAAACCUUUGCCACCUUGCAAGGGUAGAAAUAUGGGUCAGUGAUAUGCUGACACGUGUAUGCAUUACAUAUGCUCAUGCCACAUGAGCAUCUUCUUUUUCUUUUUUCCA